AGCCGGUAGGUCCCGCCUCCUCCUCCUCCUCCCCGCAGAGAGAGAGAGAGAGAGAGAGAGAGAGAGAGAGAGAGAGAGAGAGAGAGAGAGAGAGAGAGAGAGAGAGAGAGAGAGAGAACGAGAGAGAACAUGGUGCAAUUUUACAGAAAACUAUAAACACGAGGCUAAAGGGAGGUUGUUUAUCGCCAUGGCGGCGGAUAUCAGCCCCCGGCCUCAGGCCCGCAGACCCGUCCUUCUCAGCCGGAUCGAAGCCCUGCAGGACGUGGUGAACACCGCCGCGAUCAUACCGAAGGAGGACGGGGUGAUCAGCGUCUCUCAGGACCGGACGGUUCGUGUUUGGCUGAAGAGGGACAGUGGGCAGUACUGGCCCAGCGUUUACCACACAAUGCUGGGUCCUGCAGGCAAUCCACAAGUCUCUGAUUGGGAAAUACUACAAAUUAGUUCACUUCUCACUACUCCCUGCUCUUGCAUGUCUUUUAACCCAGAAACCAGGAGACUUUCUGUCGGGAUGGACAACGGAGUUAUCUCUGAGUUCAUCCUGUCAGAAGACUACAACAAAAUGACCCCAGCUCGCACUUAUCAGGCUCAUCAGGGUGGUGUGACGGUGGUGUUGUUUGUGUUGGAGAUGGAGUGGGUCCUCAGCACAGGGCAGGAUAAGAGCUUUACGUGGCACUGCUCAGAGAGCGGGCAGCAGCUGGGCACCUACAGAACCACAGCCUGGGUCUCUGGACUCCAAUUUGACGUGGAGACGAGACACGCUUUUGUAGGUGAUCAUUCUGGUCAGGUGACCAUCCUGAAACUGGAGCAGGACAGCUGCAGCCUGGUGACCACUUUCAAAGGCCACACAGGUAAUGUGACGGCUUUGUGCUGGGAUCCAGUGCAGAGGGUGUUGUUUUCUGGAAGUUCAGAUCAUUCUAUAAUAAUGUGGGACAUCGGGGGACGGAAGGGCACAGCCAUCGAGCUGCAGGGACACAAUGAGAAGGUACAGGGUCUGUGUUAUGCUCCACACACUCGUCAGCUGAUCUCCUGUGGUUCAGAUGGAGGGAUCGUGGUAUGGAAUAUGGACGUCACACGUCAGGAGACUCCGGAGUGGUUGGACAGUGACUCCUGUCAGCGCUGUGAGCAGCCGUUUUUCUGGAACUUUAAACAAAUGUGGGAUAGCAAAAAGAUCGGCCUACGCCAGCAUCACUGCAGGAAGUGCGGGCAGGCGGUUUGUGGAAAAUGUUCGUCUAAACGCUCCACCAUCCCGCUGAUGGGCUUCGAGUUCGAGGUGCGAGUGUGCGACAGCUGCCACGAGUCCAUCACUGACGAGGAGCGAGCACCCACUGCAACAUUCCAUGACAGUAAGCACGCCGUGGUGCACAUGCACUAUGAGCCAACCCGGAGCUGGUUACUGACCUCCGGAGCCGACAAGGUCAUUAAGCUAUGGGACAUGACACCUGUAGUAUCCUGAAAGUGACCAUCACUGUUAGUCAGCAGUGGUAAUCCCACACCAGGGGAUGCGGUCACCAUGGCAACACUCACCAAGAGCUCCGUGCAGACGGAGAAGAUGCUCAAACUUCAUGGACCAAGAUGUUUUGCUGAGAAGCUGAAAAGCCUCCAUUCAUACACUGAACUGAAAAUCCCACACUGACACACAGGGUGGCGCUGACAUCCAAGAGUGUGUGUGUGUGUGUGUGUGUGUGUGUGAGUGUGUGUGUGUGUGUAACACUGCGUUUGUGUGUGAGAGAGAGAGAUGUGGGACCAUGUACAGUCACUGUGGAUAACAUUAAAUGGAGAUUUUUAAUUUAUUGUAAACAGCAUUAUCUUUUCCAGACUGAACUCUGGCUGUGAGUAAAAUGAAUUCCCUCAUUAUUAUUAAACUUCUUAUAAAAUAUUUCAUCAUCUACAUACUUCAGCGCCGAUCGCAUUAACAUUCGGCUGAGCCGUGUUUAAAAUCUGUUCACAAAAAAACUGAAUUCUAAAUUUUAGUUAGUAUUAGCACUGUGCUGAUCACAGAGUAAUGUUUAAUCUUCUGAUAACGAACUACAUAGGAAGAUAAACGAAAUUCACGGCAGCCAGUAGCUCACAGUUAUCACCCUCUGAAGCUUAAUAACGAGACUGAAAGCGCAUUUUUGACACUAAGUGCAUAUUUAGCAUGUUUACUAUUAAUUGGUGUUUUGUGGAAGUUCAAUUCUUCUUUAUGAUAAAAAAUGGUCCAUAGGCUCAAUAGUGCCCUAAAACCUAGCGGAUCCAUUUCACUCACAGCCUGUGUUUUUAAAGAGGCCAGUCAUGUCCUGCUUCUUCAGAUCCUGUGAAAAAACCCUGAAAUGUGUUUCUUCUGUAGUAAAACUAGUGUUCGUCUUUAAUCAUCUGUGAACUUUAUCCAGACUGGCUGUGAUGUUUCGAGGCAUGCGCUCACACUGAGGUGCGUUUCUUCGUGUGUGUGUUUAAUUUAAAAUUAAUGUAAGACUUCAUAUCUGCUGAUUAUGGAUCUCCAGUUUCACACUGAAUUAAAACAAGUACUGAUUUAAAA